UACCCAAAAUUUUUAUAUUAGGCAAUCAAUUCUAUAAUAUUUUCUUCAACUUAGAGUCCCAAGGCUCCCAACAAAGACAAUAGUUUUCCAUCUCCUUUCCCAGUUAAGUGGUACAAUGGCUCUCCAUGGACGAGUCAAUCCUAACCAAGCUGUAGUAACCACAAUGGCUUUUCUAUUUUGCAUCCAUAUCUCAAUCAACAUUGCAUGUGCUGCUACCUACACUGUUGGUGAUAGUUCAGGAUGGGAUUUCAAUGUUAGGGACUGGCCUACUGGGAAGACAUUCACUGCGGGUGACAUACUUGUCUUCAACUAUAAUCCGUCAGUGCAUAAUGUGGUGAACGUAGACAUCCAUGGCUACAAUGAUUGUGAAGUUUCCCCACAAGGUUCUAAGAUCUUCACCAGUGGACAUGAUUCGAUUGCAGUGAUAGCAGGACAUAACUAUUUCAUCAGUAGUUUCCCGGGGCAGUGCAAUAAGGGAAUGAAGAUUGACAUCAAUGCAAAAUGAACGAGUUGAAGAAAACUUUGCAUGUUUUAUAUGGUUGAUUACCAUAUUUAACUUGUGGUUUGAUGAUCAAAUUGGAUUUUCUGUCAUCUAGACCAUGGAUAUUGGAAUUGAAUAAAGGAAAUAUACAAUUUUAUGUGAUCA